UUACUCAAUUCAUAUAAAUUUCAACGCUAAUUGCCGACUUGCUCGCUUUUGCUUAACCGCUCGCUCAUUGUCAAGUUUCAACGCCGAUGAGGUGGAGACGAGGAUUGAUUUUCGCGCGUCUUUUGAGUUAUACUUCAUUGUUGGUAUCACUACAUAAUCUAUCUCGAGAAGUCACAUAUCGAGGGGCUUUUCACCAUUUACCAUUUUCCUUCUUCUUCUCUAGAAAAUUAAGAUAGGGAGACAGCAGAGCCAUGGACCAAAACAAACAAGGGGAGGGAGAAGUAACUCAUCUCGAGGGUCCUCCAGUUCAACAAGGCAACCAUCAAUUCGACACCCUUUCUCCGCAAUCUUCCUUGCCAGCAUGGAAGCCCUCGCAGAGGAAACAACCAGAGGGUGACACAGCUCUUGCUUUAUUCCAAGAUACGGAACAAUUGCAUCAAGCGGUUGAUCCCGUUCAAGAGAGGAAGUUGAUCAAGAAAAUCGAUAUGGUCAUUUUACCUUGUCUAGCUGUCUGCUACAUGUUCUACUAUAUCGAUAAAACCACUCUUUCGUACGCCGCCAUCUUUGGAAUAAAAGAUGAUCUUCAUCUGGAAGGGACGAAAUACUCCUGGCUUUCAAGUAUUUUCUAUUUUGGCUGGCUCGCCUGGGCCUUUCCCACCAAUUAUUUGAUGCAGAAGUUUCCGGUCGCGAAAUACCUCGCUUUUAAUAUCUUCAUGUGGGGUGCUCUUCUCAUGUGUCAGGCCGCCGCACGCAACUUCACCGAACUCGCCGUUCUCCGCGCCCUCUCCGGUGCCGCAGAAGGCUGUAGUGAUUCCUCGUUCAUGAUCAUCACAUCUAUGUGGUACACGCGACGCGAACAACCCAUCCGAAUCGGUCUCUGGUAUUCCGCCAACGGUGUGGGUAUUGCACUCGGAGGGCUUAUUGGCUACGGAAUUGGAAAUAUCCGCGGGUCUUUAGCGUCGUGGAAAUAUGAAUUUUUGAUCGUCGGUGCUUGUUGUUGUAUUUGGGGAAUUGUUUUGUGGAUUUUCUUACCUGAUAGUCCUGUUACGGCAAGGGUGUUGAGUAUUGAUGAGAAGCGGAUGGCAGUGGAGAGAUUGAGGGAAAAUCAAACGGGAGUGGAAAAUAAAACCUUCAAAUGGAAACAAGUAAAAGAGUGGGCGGGGGAUUAUAAAACUUACCUGUUCUUUUUGAUUGGACUUGUGGCGAACAUUCCGAAUGGAGGAAUUAGUAAUUUCGGUACUUUGAUCAUUAAAGGAUUUGGAUACUCAACUUUGAUAACAACCAUCAUGCAAAUUCCCUACGGUGUCCUCAUUGCCCUCAGCAUCCUCCUCUGCGUCUUCCUCAACGAUCGCUUACCUCCCAACAAUCGCUGUAUCAUGAUCCUCAUCUUUCUCCUCCCCAACAUCACUGGCGCGUUCGGACUUCAAUUUCUUCCUCAGACUCAGCAGGUUCCUCGUCUCAUAAUGUAUUACCUCACCGGACCCUACAAUGCCUCUUUCGUAUUAUUACUCUCGGUAUUGUCAGCUAAUACCGCGGGACAUACCAAGAAAAUCCUCACGAACGCGACGCUUUUUGUAGGCCUUUGCGUGGGGAAUAUUUCAGGUCCGUUCUUUUACAAGAGUUCUCAGGCUCCGAAAUAUCAAUUGGGGAUAUGGAGUAUGAUUGUGUCUCAUUUGACGGAAGCAGUGUUGAUUAUCAUUUUGAGAUUCCUGUUGAAGAGGGAAAAUGAGAAGAGGGACUUGCAGCAGGGAAUUGAUGUGGCGAGUGGAGUGAGAGAGGGACGGGGAGAUGAAUUUGCGGAUGAGGAUGAGGAGGAAAGAAGAAGGAGGGAUUUGGAUGAUACUGCUUUUGCAGAUUUGACGGAUAGGGAGAAUGAGAAUUUUAGGUAUAUUUUCUGAAGGGUAGAUGAUGAUGGAGUGGAUUUGAGGAGGGGUUGAAGGGACUGGUGACAGGUUCCGGAAUAUCCAUGGAUUGGAUAAAUAUGCACACACGAGCAUUAAGCCAUUUGCAAUGGUAAAUCUAAAAUAUUUUAAACGAUAACAUAGAUCAAUAAAUGAGUUCUCAUGUUCUUGAUAUCCCAGACUAGGGAUUUCAAGAUGAUCAUUCUGUACCGUUUC